CUCUAGGCGGAAAUAUCAUACCGAUCACAUAAUUACAAAACACUUCUUCCUUAAAGUCAGUUUCUGGUUUUCUAAAUAGUUAACUAUUAAAACCGACACAGAAGCAUGAUUUUAGAUGGUUCACUGAUCUGUGGAUUUAUUUUAAGCUUCCAAACGCAAAUGUUUCGCGUUAGUAUGUUAUCCAGCAUUUGUUUUUCUCUGUGAUCAGUUGCACCUUGUAAAGUCUAAUUCUGGUCAUAUUAACAAGUAGCACGAUGGCCGAUAGUGUUGGGUUUUUGGGCGGAAGAAUUCCCACAGAAGUCGAAAUUAUGUCCAAGCACUUGAAGGAUUUGGACAAAGAGUUAUUUAGAAAAAUCCUUAAAGUUGUAGUGAACGCAAUUGAGGGAAAGGACUGCGGUGGGGCCAUGGCAGACAUCGCACAGAACAGUCCUCUUUCAGAAGAAAUGUUAAGCCACAUUGUUUCAGGCAUGUAUGAACUUCUUAAAGAAGCUUUGCGGCUCCCGACAUCUUCAUUAAAACAAGAGGUUUUCAAAGAGGAUCUCCGUGGGCUCAGAAUUUCUGAGGAGUUCAUUGCAGACUUUGCCAGUGUAGUCUUUGGAAAUAGAAGAUCAACACUAGAUAAUGUUGUCAAACAGCAGGGCCCAAGAAUACCCAGUUUAGAGGAAUUCAGAUGGAGGGUGGAUGUUGCCAUUUCAACAAGCUCUUUAGCCCGAGCUUUGCAGCCCUCCAUUCUUAUGCAGUUGAAACUUUCUGAUGGGAAUGUACAUCGCUUUGAGGUUCCUGUGUCCAAAUUUCAGGAGAUACGAUACAAUGUUGCACUUAUUCUAAAAGAGAUGAAUGACUUGGAGAAGCGAAGCAUUCUGAAGAUCCAAGACUGAGAAAUUGGCCUACUUAAGUUGCUAACCUAUCAUGCUGAGAAUAUUUUUUAUGUUUAGUAAGAAAUGUGUAGUUGGAGACACAGCAGUUUAUGUAAUUAAACCAUUGUCACUAAUGGAAUUAUA